AUGGAUUGCCUAGAAGUUGAGAAGGAAGCACUUCUCAAGUUCAAACAAGGCCUCACAGAUCCUUCAGGUCGGUUGUCAUCUUGGGUCGGAGAAGAUUGUUGUAAAAGGAGAGGAGUUAGCUGCUAUAACAGGACUGGAUGUGUCAUCAAGCUCAAACUUGGCAACCCAUUCCCAAACAGUUUGGAGGGCGAUGGAACAGUUAGCGAGUUGGGCGGUGAGAUCAAUCCUUCUUUGCUCAAUUUGAAAUAUCUGAAUUAUCUUGACCUCAGCAUGAAUAAUUUUGAAGGAAUGGAAAUUCCAAAAUUCAUUAGAUCACUUGGGAAGUUGAGAUAUCUCAAUCUCUCUGGAGCGUCCUUUGAUGGUAUAAUCCCUAAAAAUAUUGCAAACCUCUCAAACUUGCGCUACCUUGAUCUCAACACAUACUUUAUCGAAACAAACAAGAAUAGCCUGGAAUGGCUAUCAGGCCUUUCUUCUUUGAAGUACCUUAACUUGGGAGGUAUUGAUCUCAGCAAGGCUGCAGCCUACUGGCUCCAGACUGUUAAUACUUUACAUUCUCUUUUGGAGUUGCACAUGCCCAACUGUUAA